AUGACUAAAAAGGCUAUACGACCAACUAUUGUUAGGUCAGAAACUCCAAUCAGCUCAGAAACCAACCAAGCACCGACAAACACAACAGUGCCUGAUGAAGCUGUAGACUUGGAAAACGGAGGAGGAGUGAAGCACAGAGCAAACAGAGAGAGCUACUCGUCGUCUUCGUAUGUUGCAGAUGACGCAGAGACCAAAUGGACUUCUUGGUUGGUGCCCAUGUUCGUUGUGAUCAACAUUUUUGUGUUCCUUGUGGCCAUGUAUAUGAAUGACUGCCCCAACCACAGUUCUGGGAUCCAAGGCAAGUGCGUAGCUAGGGUUCUUGGCAAGUUCUCGUUUCAACCCUUGAAGGAGAACCCUCUCUUGGGCCCUUCUUCUUCCACAUUGGAGAAGUUGGGAGCCUUGGAGGGGUUCAAAGUGGUGCAUAAGCAUCAGGGAUGGAGACUUGUUACUUGUAUUUGGUUACAUGCUGGAGUAGUACAUCUAGUAGUUAAUAUGCUCAGCUUGGUCUUCAUCGGAAUUCGAAUAGAGCAGCAAUUUGGGUCUGUGCGAGUUGGGAUUAUAUACAUGUUAUCUGGAUUUGGGGGUAGCAUCAUGUCAUCUCUUUUUAUUCAAAAGAACAUUUCUGUUGGUGCCUCGGGUGCUCUUUUUGGUCUUCUUGGAUCAAUGCUCUCGGAACUAAUUACGAAUUGGACUAUUUAUACCAACAAGGUUGCAGCUCUUGUUACUCUUCUGGUCAUCACUGUCAUUAACCUUGGCAUUGGAAUUUUGCCACGCGUUGAUAAUUUUGCGGACAUUGGUGGAUUUAUCACCGGAUUCCUCAUCAGAUUUGUGUUCAUGCCCCGUCCUCAAUUCGGAUGGCUGGAGCAGCUGAAUCUUCCUGCUGGUGCUAAUGCCAAUGUCAAGUCCAAAUUCAAGGCCUACCAAUAUGUGUUAUGGCUUCUUUCAGUCACUCUGUUGAUUGUUGGGUUUACAGUUGCAUUGGUGAUGCUGUUCCACGGCAAGAAUGGAAAUGAGCAUUGCCAUUGGUGUCACUACCUCAGUUGUAUUCCCACAUCUAGAUGGCAUUGUGAAGAAAACUAACACUCAUACGCGAGAGAAAAG